GCUGCCGAAUCCAGCUGUGUGCCACGCUCCGGGAUCUGCUCCUGCCUGCGUUGUUGGGAUCUGCUGAGGCUGCCGAGCCCACACACAGAGGAGGCUUUUGGAGGCAUCUCCAGGGUGGAGAAGCACAGGUGCAGCUGUGUUGAAGAGGGGCUGAAGAUGGAGUAUUGCUGGUGGGUGCAGUCCCUUCCAGCCAGGGACUGUGCGUGUCCCGUGGGGAAGGUGUAGGCAGCGUUUGGAAUGGGGUGCCAGUGCCAGCCUGCUCUGGCCAGCCUCUGGACAUGAGGAUGUGGGUGCUGUUCAAGGGCAUCCCCUGAUGUGCCCGGCAGUACAGGCACUCCUGGAUGCACAGGAUCACAACCAAAGGGACACAGAAGCCUUGGACACCCUGUUCUGUGUGGACUGACCUGAGCUCUCUGCCUUUGUAGCUGACCAGGGCCUCACCUGAAGAGUUUUAAACUGACAUCAAAGUUGCUGAUCAGACUGCAGAGGUGGUCUGAGAAGACUUUGGAACUGAGCAUUUUGCACUGGACUGUGUUAGGAUUUUUGGUACUAUGUGGGCGAGCUGCUGUAACUGGUUCUGUGUGGAUGGCUCCCCUGAGGAGAUGCAGCCGCCGCCGGCAGCCCGAGCCCAGGCCUAUUCCAACCCCGGCUACAGCUCCUUCCCCUCUCCCACUGCUUCUGAGCACAGCUGCAAAGCCUGUGGCCUGCACUUCGACAGCUCCUCCAGCAAGCACAUCUGCUUGGACUGUAAGAAGAACUUCUGCACGUCGUGCUCAAACCAGCCCGAGGGUGGGCCCCUGCUCUGCCACCUCUGCCAGCGCUUCCGAGCCACGGCCUUUCAGCGGGAGGAGCUGAUCAAGAUGAAGGUGAAGGAUCUGCGAGAUUACUUGGCCCUCCAUGAGAUUUCCACAGAAUUCUGUCGUGAAAAGGAGGACCUGGUAUUCCUGAUCCUUGGCCAGCAGCCUGCAAUUACCCAAGAAGAUCAGAUAAGAACAAACACAUUUAAUACCAGUGCUCAUGAACAGCAGGACUUUGUGAGUCACCCCCCAACCAACCUGGCCUCUCCUACCUCACACGAUGAGUCCUCAGUGUCUGCAGAUCCCAUCUCAAGUUCAGAAGCUCAGGAACACCAACAGGCCAAUGGUCAUGUGCCUCCGACCCCAGCCUGUGGAACAGCAGCUGAGAAUGCAGCAGAAGAAGCAGCAGCAGAGGAUGAGAUACAGUCCAGUGACUCCGAGGAUAACCUGGUGCUGGGCAGGAAGGCCUCCCUGUCUGACCUGACGAGCGUCGGGGACAUCAACGCGCUCUCCGUGCGGCAGCUGAAGGAAAUCCUCGCCCGCAACUUCGUCAACUACAAAGGCUGCUGUGAGAAGUGGGAGCUGCUGGAGAGGGUCACUCGCCUCUACAGAGAGAAGGACCUUCAACAUCUAGUUUUGGACACUGACGAUCAAACUGGUGGUGCUGGGCCCCCCAGCACCGAGGACAACCUGUGCAGGAUCUGCAUGGAUGCUGCCAUCGACUGCGUGCUGCUGGAGUGCGGGCACAUGGUGACGUGCACCAAGUGCGGGAAGCGCAUGAGCGAGUGCCCCAUCUGCCGCCAGUACGUGAUCAGGGCCGUGCACGUCUUCAGGACAUAGAGGUGGCUCUGGGCUCAGGGCUGCUGUGCCUUAAAGCCUCAGUGCUCUUAGGGAAAGGGCCAACAUCCCUGCCAACAGCUACCUUGGAGAUUAGCAUGGACCCUGCUGCAAGAGAGGGAAAGAGGAAGCCUGGGGAAAGUGCUCUGCUCAAGCCAUGCCCGACUCUGCUCAUCCCACCAUCGUGCUUUACACCACAGUGCCUGGACUCCUUGGAGCUCAUUGCCAGCAGUCAUUAACCACCUCCAUCCUAGGAUCAUUUGAGGACAGAUGGAUGCCCAGCUUUCCACCAGGAAGAUCAGCUCCAGAGGCUUUGUAUUUCCCUCUGAAUAAUAAAAGUGAACUGGGGUCUCAAAAAGUGUCCUUUGUUUUGCUGCUCAGGCUCUGCCCAGCAACAACUUGAUUUUCGAAGAUUAAAAUCUCACUGUGCUUGUUAAUUUUACUUUUAUUUUUAAUUUAAUGUAAAAUUGUUAUGCUUGCAGGACAGGCAGACCCUCCCUGCUUUCCCUAAUUCCAGCCUAGUGCAAUUGUGGAAAAAUGUGUAAUUUUGUAUCAAGGUUGUCUUUGUAUUAUUGAAAACUUGGGGAGGGAGGCUGGGAAGGCUCAGCCUUGCCCUGUCUGCUGGGUUUUUGUUUCUGUGCCAGAGGGAGGUUUCUGGUUUGAUUUUGUCGACUUUGACUUCACAGCAUGUGCCAGGGGUGGGGCUCAAGCUGAACUGCCCCCACUUGCUGAGGGAGCUACAAAUCCAGGGCUUGAGUCUUGCCCAGGCUUUAGUGAGGAAACCACAGAGCUGCAGAGUAGUGAGUGAGGACUGCAUUGCUACACAAUCAUAUUUAAGUACAGGUGACUUUUUCUUUUUUUAGAAGGGAAUAAUGGAAGAAAGCCUUUGUCUCCAUUGGAUCCAUGAGCAAUCUCCACUGCAGAUCAGCUUCCCCCAUCCUCCCCAGGGCUCAGUUUUACAGUUCUGUUACCUUGCACUGCUUACCAAAAGCAGUUUUGUCCUUUCUGCUGGUGAGGGUGGGGAGAGAGGUUGUGGCCUGAUCCCUGACAGCUCUCCUGGGCAGUGUGCUCCCUGGAAGAGAUGUGCUAGAGGAGUCUGGCAGUUCUUGCUGGAGGUGCUUGUAACUGGUGUAUUUUCCCCUCGGUGUCCAUCAGCAUGGCACUGUGCCCUCACUGCAGGGCAGCCGAGGCUGUCCUGGCUGCUCUGCAGGGGACAGGGGCUGGCUCUGUGUGCCAGCCUGGCUGCCAGCAGAGAACAGCACAAACCCCGAGGGGCGCUGCAGUGACUGCCCUCAGCUCCCGGGGCACUGAAGUGCAGCUGCAGGGACAGCAGCAGAGCUCCUGCGCAGUGGCAGUGAUGGCAGCAGUGCGUUCACCUGGUGUGCUCUGCACAGGGACAGUUCCAGCAGCAGCUCAGCUGCAGCGAGUGCAGGGUCUUUGCUCUGGGAGCUGCAGCCAAAAGAGCACCUGGGAUGAGAAAGCCAUGGCUCAGGAGGCAGCAGGAGAGAGCCAGGGAUUUCUCACUGAGGUGAUCUCAGAAUUCCACAAAACUGCAGCAGCUGCUGCACUGACUAAACUCAGCAUUCUGAGUCCUACCUCUGUCCCAGGUCAGGCUGUUCUUUAAUCUUAAGGUUUAACAGAUCCAGCAGGGGAACAAAGUGAACAAGUCAGGGCAUCCUGACAGAGAAAAGGGCAGGUGAGAAGCGAUUCUGUUUGCUCUGGAGAGAGCAGUGGGACCUCGAAGAGCUGCAGGAAUACACAAUGUGCUGAACAGCCUCAUUUAGGAAAUCCACUGUGAAAAUUCAUGUUAUAUUUUUCAGUAAACUCAGGGCUGGGGGAAUUUAGCAGGAAGAAGAUGAUUCCCCUAUGGAUAGAUGUACUUUCCUUGUAGAGGGUAGGCUUAUUUUCUACAGCAGUUAAAUCAAGCUGCAGAUCAAUGCCUGAAAUUUUAGGGAUGAGAAGAUCCACCCACCCUGAACUCCAAAAUGUGCUUUGUGAAGGGAGGACUCUUCUUGUUUCCCUUGUAAAAAUGGAUUCUCUACUUAUGGAUAGGAGUGAGUUAUUUUUAAAGGAAAAUCAAAACCUGGAGGAAACUGAUUAAUGAUCCAAAGGAAUAUAAUGUUCUGAACUAAUAAAGUAAAUGGAAAUAUUUAUGUGCUUUAUGUACACUGUACAUUGUUUAAAGAUGUUAAAACUUAAUAUUCUACUUGAAAGGGCAUGUUAUUCACUAUUAAAUCCUCUGGUACUAUGACAGUUCAACUUACUAGUUUUGGUACAAAAGUUUGGUUUAUAAUUUUAUAAUAAAGUUGAAUUGUGAUUUAGUUAACUUUGUUUCUGAAUCUGUUACAAGCAGAGAUCCUACA